AUGCGCCGUCUGAAGUAUGUGCUACACGGGAGGCCAAGAGGGAACUACAUGUCCCGUGAUGCUCUGCGCCCGCGGCUUGCUGUCUGCGAGAGACCGGAAGCUGGUGAAGGGUUUAAGUUCAAGACCUCUUCAUACUGGAGGGUAGCUGCUAACUGUCCUGACGAUCAGCUUAAGCAUCAGUCGUUCUACAUACAGGAACCUGUAAAUAGCAGAGGCCCUCGUGAUUACAGCUGUGUCUUCAUAUUUGAUCGAUGGGAGCGGGGUGAUAUCGUGAAGAAACCUGGCGAGGAUGACGCCAGCAGCUUCGGGCCGUGUGUGCCUGGAAGAUAUGGCGGGACCCGGAUCUCUGGUGCGGUGACUCCGUCCGUCUCGGAAGCGCCUGAGAUGGAAGGAGCUGCGGGGUUUCCCUCCGAGGAGCUGCAGGGCAGUUCUGUAGUACACGAGGAGGAGGCGGCGGCGGCGGCGGCGGCGGAGGAGGAGGACGGGUCCUGCGAGAGGAUCGACAGACACGCCCCCGAGGAACCCGCCGGGCGGAAAGAAGAAGAUAUUGCUACGCAGACGGAACGCACGGCUUCUUCUCCUCGUAUUAAGGUGGAGCCCGCCUUGCGCCCAGAUGGAACGUCCACCGACAUCAAGUGGGAGCCGCCCUACGAGGAAGCGUAUUCACCUAUAGAGUAUGUCUCUAUCUGUAUAAAGGAGGAGUCAACGCCGUACGAUGGGAGCUGUUGGGGUGCUGACCCUCACACCCCCCCGGAAGAAACGCUUAAUGCCCGUGUAUCUACCGAGCUUAAGGAGGAACCUGCUUGGUCUGAGGUCUACGCUGAAGAAGAACACCGACAGAUAGAGUACACAUCUGUCUGUAUAAAGGAGGAAUACCCUUGUGAAGACCACCCUGAUCUAUUUACCCAGACCCACUGCCCCGAAUACGGCGUCCACGUUAAUAUCUCCGACUCGGUCCAGAGCCGGAACGUUUGUAGAGGAAUAGACCAGACACCAGAGGAGACCAGAAAACGGCCCGCUUAUAAGCUGUGCGCCGGGCAGGACGUCGAGGAGAACGUCUUCCUGCCGGCCGGCGAGAGCCGCGGGUUUUCGGGCGGUCUGCUGAGGGAUAAAAGGACCAAUCGGGACGACAGGUCCUUCGUGUGUCCUGACUGCGGGAAAGGCUUCACGUGUAACUCCAACCUGGUCAUACACCAGAGGAUCCACACGGGCGAGAGGCCCUUCUCGUGCUCCGAGUGCGGCCAGUGCUUCUCCAACAAGUCCAAUCUGAUCACCCAUCACAGGAUCCACACGGGGGAGAAGCCCUUCCUGUGCUCCGAGUGCGGCAAGCGCUUCUCCAGGAAGACCGAACUGGCGUCGCACCUCAAGAUUCACACGGGGGAGAAGCCGUACGCGUGCUCCGAGUGCGGCAAGGACUUCCUGAGGAGGUCGGAGCUGGUCAAACACGUGAGGGUCCACACGGGAGAGAAGCCCUUCGCGUGUCCCGAAUGCGACAAGUGCUUCUCCAGCAAAUCCAACCUCUCCAUACACCAGAGGAUCCACACGGGCGAGAAGCACUUCUCCUGCUCGGAGUGCGGGAAGUGCUUCGCCAGCAAGUCGUAUCUGGUGACCCACCAAAGGACGCACACGGGCGAGAAGCCCUACCUCUGUUCCCAGUGCGGUAAGUACUACUCCAGCAGCGCCAACCUCAUUACGCAUCAGAAGAUCCACAAAGGCGAGAAGCCGUUCUCCUGCCCCGAGUGCUUCAAGGCCUUCUCCACCAAGGCCAACCUCGCCACGCACCGGAGGACUCACUCGGGCGAGAAGCCCUUCGCGUGCCCCGAGUGCGGCAAGUGCUUCUCCAACAAGUCGGUGCUGAUCAUCCACCGCAGGAUCCACAGCGGCACCAAGCGCUUCUCGUGUCCCGAGUGCGGCAAGUGCUUCACCGACAAGUCCAACAUGGUCCAGCACCAGCGCAUUCACACCGGGGAGAAGCCCUACUCGUGCCCCGAGUGCGGGAAGCUGUUCUCUUCCAAGUUGGGUUUCGUUAAACAUCAGAAACUUCACGCCCGGGAAAAGCUCCAUUUGGCGUACAAAAGCUUCACCAGGAGUAGCAUCUCAAGAAAACAGGAGAGACGAUCUGUGAGAAAUAUGGAUGAAGAAUCCUCUACCCGGGGUUCUGGAAAUCUCACAAAUAAUGUUGUUUUUACCCCUUCGGAAAACGCACAACUAGAACCACCUUCUACUUGUGUGAAGGACCGGUCCAGCUCUCGUUCAGAUGGAAAUCUCCAAAGCAGUGGCAUCGGCGCAUGCGUAGAGGAUACCUCCUCAUCUUCGAUGAAGGAGGAAUCGUCCUCGCGUGACGGGAAUGUCGGCGCUGCUCGCACCCCGACAGAAUAUGCCUUCGCUCACAUUAAGGAAGAAUCCUGCUCGUCGGAGGAAGGAAGUCCCACGGACACCAUAGCCGUUCUUAUUAAGGAGGAGUCCACCUCAAGCGAAGGUGGAAGUAUCUCGGACGCGGACCUGAACGUGUUUGUUAAGAUGGAGGAAGACUCAUGCGAUGAAGGCAGUCUCACGGACACAGACUACAUAUCAGUCCGCAUUAAGGAGGAAUCGACAGAUGAAGAAGACGGUCUCGUGGAUACGGGGGUGACGGAGUCCUCUCAUAUUGAGGAGGCCUCCGCUCCACGUAGAGGAAGAAGUCUCCAGGACACCAAGAACGGUGCGAGGGGCAAGAGGCUGAGGGUCUUCCAAACGUCAGCAAGUUCAGCCGAUGAGGCGGCGCGGACCGGCGGGGCAACGUGGGGCUGUCCCGAGUGUCAGAAAUGCUUUAGUAGCGGCUCGGAUCUCGCGAAGCACCAACGGAUUCACGCGGGCAACAAACCGUACUCCUGUUCCGAGUGCGGCAAACGCUUUCUCAAUAAAUCGCAUUUUGUGAUCCACCAGAGGAGCCACACGGGGGAGAAGCCGUUCGCGUGCUCCGUGUGCGGGAAGGGCUUCCCGAGCAAGUCAAGUCUCGUGAAACACCGCAACAUUCACACGGGAGAGAGGCUGUUUUCCUGCUCCACGUGCGGGAAGAAUUUCAGCCAGAAGGCCACUCUCACGUCUCACCAGAGGAUCCACACGGGGGAGAAGCCCUUCUCGUGUUCCGUGUGCGGCAAGCGCUUCACCGAGAAAUCGGGUCUCGUGUACCACCAGACCAUCCACACGUCCGAGAAGCCGUUCUCGUGCUCUGACUGCGGGCGGUGCUUCACCACGCGCUCGCAUUUCAUCAUCCACCAGAGGAACCACACGGGGGAGAAGCCCUUCGCGUGCUCCGCGUGCGGGAAAAGCUUCACCAUGAAGUCGAGCCUGGUGAAACACGAGAGGAUCCACACGGGGGAGAGGCCGUUCUCGUGUUCCGUGUGCGGGAAAUCUUUCACCCAAGACGCCCAUCUUAUUUCGCACCAGAGGAUCCACACGGAAGAGAAGCCGUUCUCGUGUUCUGAGUGCGGGAAGUGCUUCACCGGGAAGUCGGGGCUGGUCUACCAUCAGCUGAUCCACUCCGAGGAGAAGCCGUUCUCCUGUCCCGACUGCGGCAAGCAGUUCAACACCAAGUCGCAGUUUGUCGCCCAUCAGAGGAUCCAUACGGGGGAGAAGCCGUUCUCGUGUUCUCUGUGCGGGAAGUCCUUCCCGAUUAAAUCAAGCCUUGUCAAGCACCAGAGGGUUCAUUCCGGGGAGAAGCCCUUCUCAUGCCUCGAAUGCGGCAAGUGCUUCACGUUCAAGUCGAGUCUCGUCACGCAUCAGAGCGUUCACACGGGAGAGAAGCCGUUCUCGUGUUCCGAGUGCGGCAAGCGCUUUUACACCAAGUCGCACUUCUUAAGGCAUCAAAGCGUGCACACGGGGGACAAGCGUUACCCAUGCGCGGAAUGCGGCAAGGGCUUCACCGAUAAGUCGGGUCUCGUCUACCAUCAGAGGAUCCACACGGGGGAGAAGCCGUUCUCGUGCUCUGAGUGCGGAAAUAGUUUCGCGGCGAAAUCGAGUCUCGUGGCGCAUCAGGCGGUUCAUGCGAGGGAAAAGAGAUACCUAGACGCCAAGUUACAGCACCCGAGUCCAGAUGACCUAAAAGCUGCGCUCCUUGUGCACCUCUAUGAACCCCCACUCCUCCAUGGAAAAACAGACGGUGACAUCAUCACACCUCACAGGAACCUGGAACACAGCGACAGGGUUACCAAAGAAGACCUCAUGGUCCUCGCCAUCCUCACCUCUCCGGUCAGCAGCUGGAUGAUCUUGUUGGUCAGGUCCAGGAUCUUCUGCUCGCUGUCUCUCCCGCUCGUGCUACUGAAGAACUCUUUCUCCACGCUGGGACUCGUGCGUCGCGUUUCCUGUGAAGGAUCCGCCCCCCCGGGGACCGUCUGCUCGCCCGCAUCUCUUUCGAGUGGAUGCAGCGUCUCCCUUUGGAGCUCCGUUAUAGAAGAAGGACGACGACUAGAAGGACCUCUGAAGAUGGAGAACGUGCAGACUCUCCUCUCACUAGACCUUUCAUCGAUACGUUUUGGUCCAACAGAUGGCCCUGUGGUCAGGAGGAGUCCGGAAGGGUUGGAGGCAGCAGACCGCGGCAGCUGUACGCGAGACGAGCCGUCGGAGGUAGAACGCGAUUCAGAAUAUCUCUCCGUUCGUAUUAAGGAGGAAUCGGACGCACGUGCACUCACUGAAUCUACUCGGUCUGUCCGGGUCAAGGAGGAGCCCGGAGAUGACAACGCUACAGACGUUGCUAAUGGCACACGGAUAGAAUGCGCGUGUCCAAUUAAGGAGGAGGAGGAGGAUGGAAAUGUUGCUGACGUCGGCGCCUACGCACCCACAGAACGUGCGCGGUCGCAAUAUAUAUCAGUCUGCGUCAAGGAGGAGCCCGGCGGCCAUGAAGGUGCUACAGACGCCGCCGAUUGUGCGAAGGGAGGUGGCAUCCGAAUAGGAUGUGUGUAUUCAAUCAAGGAGGAGGACGAUGGAAGUCUUGGCGACGUCGGCGCCUACGCGCCCGCAGAACGUACGCGGUCAGGAUAUACGUCGGCCCGUGUGAAGGAGGAGCCCAGCGGAGAAUGUGAGAGCGCUAUUAAGGGGGAGGAGCUUGCCUUGUGUGAAGACGCUUGCGCGCCCGUGGGACACACGCCGUCGGCGCGCUCCUCCGAUUGUAAGGAGGAACCCGUCUUCUGUAACGGAGCCUUCGAGGGCACUGGCGUUGCGGGUUUGGUGGUCGGCAACAAACCAGAUGUCCCUCAACGGCCGGCGGCCAACAAGGAGAAGAAGCUGGCCUGUCCUGUCUGCGGCAAAGCGUUCGCCUUCGGAGCGGACCUCCGCAUUCACGAGCGCAUUCACACGGGGAAGAAGCCCUUCGGCUGCUCCGACUGCGGGAAGUGCUUCACCCAGAAGUCCAACCUCGCCCAGCAUCGGAUGAUCCACACGGGGGAGAAGCCCUUCUCGUGCCCCGAGUGCGGCAAGCGCUUCUCCCGCCAGUGGUAUCUCGUCACGCACCAGCAGACUCACGCGGGGGAGAAGCCCUUCUCCUGCUCCGAGUGCGGGAAGCGCUUCACCCUCAACUCGCAGCUCGUCCGCCACCGGAAGAUACACACCGGCGAGAGCCUGUACCCGUGUGUCGUGUGCGGGAGGACCUUCACUAGGAGGUCCAUCCUCCUCGGGCACCUGCGCAUGCACCGGGGGGAGAAGCCCUUCCUGUGCGAAGAGUGCGGCAAGAGCUUCACCCGCAAAACCAACCUCACCAAACACGAGUUCACCCACCAAAAGGAAAAGUCGUACAUCUGCGCCGAGUGCGGGAAGUCUUUCGUCCGGUUCGGGCAGCUCGUCAAGCAUCAGCAGGCGCAUGCGCAAAACAAGCUGGGGGCUACGGGCCAGUGCGUGUCCUGUGAAGGAUCCGGCCCCCCGGGCACCGUCUGCUCGCCCGGAUCUCUUUCAAGUGGAUGCAGCGUCUCCCUUUGGAGCUCCGUUAUAGAAGGUGUGUUGGAAGUGGAGCUGGGGAGGGGUCCGGCGGUGUGGAUUCACUGCUUCUUCUACACAACUGAUGUCUACCACGGCCGCUAUCGUUACCCUAGUCACGAUCGGUCUUCAAUCAACACUGAGGAAGAGAGAGAGGCCACUUCUGUGGAAGGACGACGACUAGAAGGACCUCUGAAGAUGGAGAACGAGCAGACUCUCCUCUCACUGGACCUUUCAUCGAUACGUUUUGGUCCAACAGAUGGCCCUGUGGUCAGGAGGAGUCCGGAAGGGUUGGAGGCAGCAGACCGCGGCGCCUGUACGCGAGACGAGCCGUCGGGGGUAGAAUAUCUCUCCGUUCGUAUUAAGGAGGAAUCGGACGCAUGCGCGCUCACUGAAUCUACUCGGUCUGUCCGGGUCAAGGAGGAGCCCGGAGAUGACAACGCUACAGACGUUGCUAAUGGCACGCGGAUAGAAUGCGCAUGUCCUAUUAAGGAGGAGGAGGAUGGAAAUGUUGCCGAAGUCGGCGCCUACGCCCCCACAGAACGUGCGCGGUCACAAUAUAUAUCAGUCCGCGUCAAGGAGGAGCCCGGCGGCCAUGAAGGUGCUACAGACGCCGCCGAUUGUGCGAAGGGAGGUGGCAUCCGAAUAGGAUGUGUGUAUUCAAUCAAGGAGGAGGACGAUGGAAGUCUUGGCGACGUCGGCGCCUACGCGCCCGCAGAACGUACGCGGUCAGGAUAUACGUCGGCCCGUGUGAAGGAGGAGCCCGGCGGAGAAUGUGCGAGCGCUAUUAAAGGGGAGGAGUAUGCCUUGCGUGAAGACGCUUGCGUGCCCGCGGGACACACGCCGUCGGCGCGCUCUUCCGAUUUUAAGGAGGCACUCGUCUUCUGUUACGGAGCCUUCGAGGGCGCUGGCGUUGCGGGUUUGGUGGUCGGCGACAAGUCGGAUGUCCCUCCACGGCCGGCGGUCAAAAAAGAGAAGAAGCUGGCCUGUCCUGUCUGCGGCAAAGCGUUCGUCUUCGGAGCGGACCUCCGCAUUCACGAAACAGAGUGCAUUCACCCGGGGAAGAAGCCCUUCUCCUGCUCCGAGUGCGGGAAGCGUUACAGUCAGAACUCGCAGCUCGGCCGCCACCGGAAGAUACACACCGGCGAGAGCCGGUACCCAUGUGACGUGUGCGGGAUGACCUUAACCAGGAGGUCCACCCUCCUCGGGCACCUGCGCAUGCACCGGGGGGAGAAACCGUUCUCGUGCGAAGAGUGCGGCAAGAGCUUCACCCGCAAAACCACCCUCGCCAAACACAAAUUCACCCACCAAAGGGAAAAGUCGUACAUCUGCGUGGAGUGUGGGAAGUCUUUCGUCCGCUGCCAGGGUGCUGAUAACCCCACGCACGAGGGGCAAGGUCCAUCCUCUGGGCAUUUAAUGGACAUCAAUUCACUAAUAACCUGUCCUAUGAAGACAAAAGGUCGCCUACCUUUGAUGGAUCCUGAAGGACGUGUCAUGCACAGAAGACGUUCCUUCAAGACCCAAGGCAGUGGCGCUGUUCCUCUACGGCACCGCUCCUUCUCACGUGGGAAAAACAAUGAGCAGAAGAUCCUGGAACUGACCAACAAGAUCAUCGAGCUGCUGACCGGGGAGGUCGCUGUGAGGUGUGAGGACGUGGCUGUCUAUUUCUCAGCGGAUGAGUGGGAUUAUGUACAAGGGCACAAGGCUCUUUAUGAGGACGCGAUGAUGGAGAAUCACCAGACCUUCACUUCACUGGAUGGAAAGACCCUGAAAGGACUUCAGAGUCCCGCUCGCUCAACCGACGAUAAACUCGUGGCAAACGUUAAAAGCCAGGAUCCUUCUGUUAUAAGGACAGGAGAGAACUCUGCUCCACGAGAAGAAAGGUUAGAACAUCUAUCUUCUGAGGAGGAGUCAACCUCAAGUGAAGAAGGACAUCUCCCAGACGGUGACAUCUCCCAGACCAGGACUCCACCGACUCGUAUCGAGGACAUUGAUGUGACUAAAGCCCAUACAGAGAAUCUAUCUCCUGGCAUCCAAGAAGAACCAACCUCCCGUGACCUCCCAGACACGUCUACACCCACAGAAGGUUCAUCUUCUCGCUUGGUGAUGGAAAGAUCCUCGCGUGAUGGACACGGGACCCCCGCGGAACCCCAACAGAUGGAGCAUGUAUCUACUCCCUUGAGGGACGAGUUGGCCUCGUGCGUCGAGGAAAAUUAUUUCAUGGCCCGCGACCUUUACCUACCCACAGAGCGUAAACCGAGAGAGUUUAUAUCUAGAAACAUGGACUACCGCAGGUCGAGCAAUAAGACGUUUGCCGGUAGAACGGAGCGCGGGAGCAGGACUGGAUUAGAUACCGCGUUCCGUGAAAGACCGCAAACCGCCGAGAACCUUUAUAACUGUUCAGACCUUCGCGAAUGUUUCGCUGGCGACACGCAUGUUGCGAAAUACCAUUUCGCGUGUUCGGUGUGCGAGAAACGUUUCGCGUAUAAAUCCGAGCUCAUGGCGCACUUGAGGACUCACACGGGCGAGAGGCCGUUCUCCUGCCCCGAAUGCGGGAAACGAUUCACGGCCAGGUCCCACCUCAUCGUGCACCGCAGGAUUCACACGGGCGAGAGGCCGUUCUCGUGCCCCGAGUGCGGGAAACGCUUCGCCGAUAAGUCCAACCUGGUCACCCACCUGCGGAUCCACACGGGGGAGAAGCCCUUUGCCUGCGCCGUGUGCGGGAAGCGCUUCAGCGACUACUCGAGCUGCGUCAGCCAUCGGGGCGUUCACACCGACGAGAAGGCGUUCGCGUGUGCCGCGUGCGGGAAGCGUUUCAAGUGCCAACCGUAUCUAAUCCGCCAUCAGAAGAUUCACGCAAGAGAGAAAAAUGUUUGA